GAGAAAAUGGAUUUGAGAAAUUCCGACAACGACAAGAACAAAGAAGAAGAGUCGGCCAAGAGCAAGAAAGCUCACAAGCCAUGCAGCGGCAAACAGGGCACGUCCAAAGAUCGCCAUGCGAAAGUUGACGGCCGAGACCGCCGCAUCCGCCUUCCCCCGGCCGCCGCCUCCCGGAUAUUCGAUCUGACUCGCGAGCUCGGCCUCAAAACCGACGGAGAAACCAUCGCCUGGCUCCUCCGCCAGGCCGAACCCGCCAUCAUCGCCGCCCCUGGCCGCGGCAUCAAUCCUUACGACAACAAUAUUAACAAUAACGUGGCUGACGAUUACAUAUUUGACCUUAACAACAACACGAACAGUGUUGUCAGUAAUAAUAAUAACGGCAACAUUAAUAUUAAUAAUGGUGAUGAUCAUGAUAUUAUUAAUGUUUAUGCUUACGUGGGUUCGAGUGGUGGUGCAAUGGGUGGUCACGGGUUUGGAGUGCCGGUGGUCCCGGUGGUUCCGGUACGAUUUCCGGCGACGAGGAAUUUUCCAGUGGCCGGAGAUGUGAGGAUGAUGUCGGGAAAUCAUGGUUUAUUCGGGAACACCCGCUUGCUGGCGUCGGCGCCAGCAACACCGCCGCCGCAACCCCAGUACGAUUUUGAGGCGGAGAUGGCGUAUAUGCAGUCUCUCUCCGGCGGCCGCCGCGGAGCAAAUUGAGAAAGGAAAAAACAAGAAACGAGGAAGAAUUAAGAUCUAUAUGAAGCCUUGAAAUAAGUAUAAGUUCGAUUAUGCUGGCUAUCUUUUUAUGUUUUUCCUUCUUCUUUUCUGAUAAUUUUAAUUUACUGUUUUGGUUUGUCUAAAAAAGUCACAGUGAAUGGAGAAAAAUGUUUGUCCUUUGUCGC